CCCUUCCCCUUCAGUGCAUCCAGCCCCGCAGUCUUUUCCUUCCACUCCACUUCAGAAACACCAACCAGUCUGUCCGUUUCCCACGCCUCCACACCGCAAGCCUCCAGAAAACGUCUUGAAUCAGCAAAGAUUGUAAUAUGCGGAAACGGACUACUUUAAAUCGCCGUUAGUGCGUGGGGGAGGAAUUAUGCACGUUUCAAAGUGGACUAACGUUAACGAUGGAGGAAUUAAAUCAAAAAGGGCCUCUACUUUUUCCACUGGAGUAACCGCACGGAAGGGGACGUAAACUUUUCAGUCGGUGCGAACGGACUCGGUGUUAUAAUGUCAGCGGUACUGGUUUGGUUAUGAGUGGUUCUUAUGAUAAUUUUUUAACCAUUUGGAGCAUUUACUGUCAAUGCGCCGCUUUUUUUGGGGGGGACUUUCUUGGUGGAAACGCGCUCGCGGAGGACUUCCACACCUCAGGAGUUCGACGCCAGAAACUGACGCGUCAGUGAACGCCGCAGGUAGCUAGCUAACGUUAGCUUGUUAGCUAAUUUUUUUUUAAGCUAGUUUUCAAACAAUCACUCAAAUUAACGUUAGCGCUGGUUGUGAUGCGUUUGGCACACAGCUAACGUUAUACAUAUUUUCUUAAGGGUUUUCCAGUCUUGUGGGUUGUUUUGUUUUUGUUUGUUUUUUUUAAACUAACUGUAAGUUAGCCAUCAACUCGGUCUAAACUCAACCUUUAAUGUUAGUUAGCUGUUGCAGCUAACGUCCGAACAUGCCGCAGCUAAACGGGGGAGACGGAGACGACUUGGGAGCAAAUGAUGAACUGAUUGCGUUUAAAGACGAAGGGGAACAGGAGGAGAAGAGGAAUGCGUCUGCUGAACGGGACCUGGACGAUGUCAAGUCCUCUCUGGUCAACGAGUCCGAGACUAACAGCAGCUCGGACUCAGAGGCAGACAGACGCCCCAAGCCCAGUCCAGAUUUGGAGAGCAGGGCCAGACAGAGCCAGCUGUUUGAAGAAGUGCUGAGGAGACGGCAGGAUGGAGGUCUCUUCCAGCCCUCUCCGUAUGUUGGAUAUCCCUUCUUCAUGAUCCCAGACCUCGGGAACCUCUGUAGUCCCUACCUCACCAACGGAGCUCUCACACCAAGUGCCAGGACGUACCUGCCGUUUCAGUGGCCUCUCCUCGACGUCCCAGGAAGAGCAUCUAUCAGAGACUCUGCUACUCCGACACACCUGUCUAACAAUGUGCCGGUGGUGCAGCACCCUCACAUGACCCACCUCCAUCCACUGCUGUCCUACAGCCCAGAGGCCUUCUCCCCUCAGAGGGCCUCUCCGGGCUUCUCUCCUGACACAGGUAUGUCGAGGACCCCUCAUGCGGCCUGCUACCCCGUCUCUCCUGGAGGCAUGGCUCAGAUCCCGCACCCUCUUGGAUGGCUGCAGGGACAGUCCAUGUAUCCCAUCGCAGGGGGGUUCACUCCUGCUGCUCUCGCUAUGAAUGCUUCCAUGUCAAGCCUGGUGUCGAGCGGCUUCUCUCCACGUUUGGUGCCGACCCCCCAGUCGUCCAUCCCCCACCACGCCAUCGUCCCCUCAGGAGUCAAGCAGGAGCCUGGAUGCAGCAGCCAGCCUGGAAAGUCGAUGCCUGACGCCCAGCAGGAGAAAGAAGAGGAGAGGAAGCCUCAUAUAAAGAAGCCACUUAAUGCUUUCAUGUUGUACAUGAGGGAGGAGAGGCCCCAAGUGGUCGCUCAGUGCAAAGUUAAAGAGAGCGCUACCAUCAACCAAAUACUGGGACAGAGGUGGCAUUCUUUGUCCAAAGAGGAACAGGCCAAAUAUUACGAACUGGCUCGCAAAGAGAGACUCCUCCACUCCAAACUGUACCCGGGCUGGUCGGCCAGAGACAACUACGGGAAAAAGAAGAAGAGAAAGAGGGCUAAGAGUGAAACUCAGCUUGAAGUUCCUGCACCUGAAGAGGACUUCCCCCCGCAGCUGAAGAGACCUCGUGUGCCACCCGAGGAGACGCCUCACACGCACACUCCGCUCACACAGACUGCGCACACACACCCCCGCUCCCACCUGACACAUCCGCACCCCAGCUCCCACCUGACGCACACACACCUGUCCCAGUCCAGCCCCGCCUCCUCCCUGGACUCCCCGGCGACGCCGACCACCGCGCUGGCCUCGCCCGCCGCUCCGGCUCCGACACACACCGAGCACACACACUCCUCCUACAGCCACGGCGGGCACACAUCGCCCUACGCCGAGCAGCUGCAGCCGCUGUCCCUCACGACCAAACCUCACAGGACCCCCCACCCCCUGAGCCGAAACACUGUCACUCCAGGACCCUCCACGCCGUCGUCCUCCUGCGACACCCCCAUCUCCUCACCCCACAUGGCUUCUUCUAGGUGUUCACCCCCUCCUCCUCCUCCUCCUCCUCUGCUCUCUCAGCCCUUCCUCGUCCCGCCUCCUACCUCCGCUAACCAAUCAGCAGCGAGCUCCCACGGUGCCUUAACUCAGUCGCAGCCAUUCUCACUCAGAAGAACCAAUCAGCUGUGAGGAGCUGCGUGCUGUUUUUUACUUUGUGAAUUCAAGAAAUCAAAUAAAAAAAAAAAAACAAUGAAAUCACAUACACACAAUUCAACAUGAUUUGUACCUCUUUUUUAACGCUGUAAAUAAGCUUUCUUUUUUAAACUUUUUUAUAGAUGUAUCACAUUUUAUAUUAGUAUGAAAAGGACAUAAUUGGUCAAUAUUUGACUGCAUCUCUAACUUUAUGAAACGGUUUAUUUUUUGGUCACUUUUUCUAAUUACUUUUUAUGAAUGAUCAACUUCUUGUAUUUGAAAGCGAGGUGUGACACGGGGGUUUGUUUAAAAAAAAAAUGCUUUUUUUUUCUCCACCUGGUAGUAUUGAGUGUAAAUCUAUUUUCUGGUUCCUCUUAUGUGUUAAUAAAUAUUCACUGAGUUCUGA